GAUAAUGACUUCUGCAACUGGCAGUUAUUGGUUUCAGCGAAUUAUCACUUUGAAAAAGAAGUCACGUGGAUGUCAUUAUGUUACGGAUGAGAUUAGAAAAGCUUUGCCAGAAAUUGGACAACUACAAAUGGGUAUUUUACAUCUUUUUAUUCAGCAUACAUCAGCUACUCUAACAAUUAAUGAAAGUUGGGAUCCAUCUGUUACAACAGAUAUGGAAAUGGUUCUAAAUCAUCUUGUACCUGAGUCACUUAAAUACAAACAUAAUUGUGAAGGUGCUGAUGACAUGCCUGCACAUGCAAAACAAGCAUUACUUGGUGGACCCAGUAUUACCGUACCUAUUACAAAUGGUCAGUUAGCCUUGGGUACUUGGCAAGGAAUAUGGCUUUGUGAACAUCGGAACUCUGGUUCUUCGCGUCAAGUAGUGGCCACAAUACAAGGAUGCCUACGAUAGUACAAUUGAAGUGAAUACUUUUUUUCCGUCAAUUAUUUCUUGUCUCUGUUGUUCUAUUGCUUAAAUGGCUGCUCGAUUUCUUGGUUGUGAACUGUUUUGUACACAUAACAUUUGAAUUGCUUUUAAUGUAAUUCUUCGACGACUCAUAUAUUUAGGUUUAAUAUCUUUAAAAUUUCACAUUAUCAAUGUAAAACUUCAUUUCCAGCUACCCGAUCGUUUCUCAUGUUUGCUUUAAUUCUCCCGUCUCUAAACUGUUUUUCUUGUCACAUAUUUGUUGUUUUUUUAUAACACAAUAUUGUAUUAAUGAGUGAUUUCUUCAGUUUGGUACUUUGUUCUGUUCCGGAAAUUAUGUAACAACUACCUAAAGCUUGAAAUACUUGAGUCUGAUCUCUAGUGGUGUUAGAGGUACACACUAUUGAGAAGUCCCAUGCUAGGACAAAACAGCUUCCUAAUUCUCUUGUUUUAAUGACUUCUGAGUUACAGUCAGUCCGUAUAAUAAAUUGUCUUUAUGUUUCAUUUUUCUGCACAUGCAUUUGUUUUUCAUUGUAGGUUUCGUUUGUUUUAACAUGCAUCAAUGAAUAACUAAAGAAAAUUUAUUAAAACCUUAA